CUUGCUUAUAAAUAAGUGUUACCUUAGUGCCAUUUCUGUGGCCACGUUCUAGCCAUCUCAAUCAUUGCAUGUACUGAACGCCAUAGGAAAAUUCGGCGGUAUGGAAGCGAACGGCAGGUCGCAAGAACCUCCGCCUCGCCGUAACCUCGCCGUCGAUCACGAGUCCCUGCAGCAGAACGGCGAUCCCAGGAGGAAGGGUGGAUGGAUCACCUUCCCUUUCCUCGGAGUGGCGAUGCUGGGGCUGGGUGUGGCGACGAGCGGCGCGUUGAGCAACCUAGUGGUCUACCUGAUAAAGGAGUACAACGUGCCAAGCGUCGACGCGGCUCAAAUCUCCAACAUCAUCUCCGGCUGCCUGAGCUUGGCCCCGGUGGCCGGAGCCAUCGUCGCCGAUGCUUUCUUCGGCUGCUACCCAAUCGUUGCGGUCUCCAUGUUCUUCUCCGUCCUGGCCUUGGUCGUGUUCACGCUCACCGCGAGCCUGCGGGGCCUCCGGCCGGCGUCGUGCCAGCUGGGCGCCGGCCCGUGCCAGCCGGCCUCGGCGGGGCAGAUGGCGGCGCUGUACGCCGGCGUGUUCUUGAUGUGCGUGAGCGCCGCGGGCUCGCGGUUCAACCAGGCGACAAUGGGCGCGGAUCAGUUCGACGCCGCGGCCGACCGCGACGUGCUCUUCAACUGGUUCUUCAUCUUCUUCUACGCCUCCUCCGUGCUCGGCUCCACGGUCAUCGUGUACAUCCAGGACUCGGUGUCGUGGACGCUGGGGUUCGGCAUCUCCAGCGCUGCCGCCGUGGUCGGGCUCGCGGCGCUGCUCCUCGGCACGCGGUACUACCGCCGGCCAGCCGUGCUGGGCAGCCCGUUCACGGGGCUCGCGAGGGUGGCCGUCGCCGCCGCCAUGAAGAGGAAGGUCAACGUGGCGACGUCAGAGGAGUUGAAGUUUUACCACGGACUACGGAACAGUGACGGCGACGGCAAGACUAGCGACGAUAAUCUUGCUCCAAGCGACAGCUUUAGCUUCCUGAACCGCGCUGCACUGAUCACCGACGGCGACGUCAUCGCCGCGGACGGGUUGGUGGCCCGGCCGUGGCGCAUCUGCACGGUGCAGCAAGUGGAGGACUUCAAGGCGGUGCUCCGCAUCCUGCCGCUCUGGAGCGCGGCCAUCUUCCUCAGCGUCUCCAUCGGCGUGCAGAUCAACUUCACCAUCCUGCAGGCGCUCGCCAUGGACCGCGCCGUCGGCCGCUUCACCGUGCCGGCGGGCUCCAUGAUCGUAGGGUGCCUCAUUGCCGUCGUCGUCUCCCUCGGCCUCCUCGACCGCGUCCUCCUCCCGCUGUGGCGGCGCCUCACGGGGCACAAUCCCACGCCGCUGCAGCGCAUCGGCGCGGGCCACGUGCUCACUGUCGUCAGCAUGGCCGCGUCCGCCGUCAUCGAGCGCCGGCGCCUGGCUACCGUGCGCGCGCACGGCGAGGAGGACAACCCGGGGUGGGUGUCACCGCUGUCGGCCAUGUGGCUGGUCCUGCCCUUCGCGCUGUCCGGUGCCGGCGAGGCUCUACACUUCCCCGGGCAGGUGACACUUUACUACCAGGAGUUCCCACCGUCCCUAAAGAACACAGCCACAGGCAUGGUCGCCAUGAUCGUCGCGCUUGGGUUCUACCUGAGCACGGCCCUCGUCGGCAUCGUCCGGCACACCACGGCGUGGCUGCCGGACAACAUGAACGCUUCCAGGCUGGAGAACUUCUAUUGGCUGCUCGCCGUGCUAGUGUCCGUCAACUUCGGGUACUACCUGCUAUGUGCGAGGUUGUACAAGUACCAGAACGUCGGCAAGUGACGGAAGAUGUCAAGAUCAGGACCAUCAGGCAUCACUCGCUGCAUUCUGGCCAGUUACUUAUAUUUGGAUCCUGUGUGUUGUACGGUGGCGUACUGAACAAAUGUUUCGUGUCAGACUUAAGCUAUGAAGAAAUCAAGCUGUGCAAUAAGAUAUUAUGAGACAAAUGCAUUGAU